AAUCAAAUAAGAGCCUUGGCCUGCAGGAUACAAACCAAAACAUAUGCAGCACGAGGCAGGUGAAGCCGUGCAAAUACACAGGAAGCACAUCGACUUGAGAAAAGGUAUUAGCCAUGCUGCAAGCAGCGUGCGCCCGGCGCCCGGCUUGCCUUCCUUCUCGGACCAACAGCAGCAGCGGCCGGCUCUUCGGCACGCGAGAGCUGACCCGGGAGCUGGCGCGGGUGACCCGGGAGCCCGCAGCCCUGACGCCCGCCGGACCAUCCAACGGGGUUGCCAAUGCGGCUGUGGGCGGCGCAGAUGGCGGCGGCAAGAGCGGUGGUGCAGCCGGCAGCAGCGGUAGCAGCAGCGGGAGCGGUGAAGUACUGCUGCUAGCUAGCAGCGGUAGCAGCGGUAGCAGCGGUAGCAGUGGCAGUGGUAGCAGCGGCGGCGGUAGCAGCGGCGGCAGCGAUAGCAGUGGCGGUGGCGGCAGCGGCAGUAGCAGUAGCAGCGGUGGCGGCGGCGGUGGAGGGGGUCCGCAGCAGGGGCAAGGGCAGGCGUUUCCCGCCGUCGCCCUGAUCGCGGCGGCGGCGGCGGUCGCCAUUGGGCUGGGCCUGUACUGCGGGAUGGAUAGGCUCGGUUCUCUGUUCAAGGACGGUUUCAAGGAGGGGGCGACCGAUCACGCCACACACCUGGAGCGGGGGCUUGAGCGCGGCCUGGGGUAUGUGGGCCUGGGCCUCGUCUCCGCCGCAGCCGUUGCCUCCGUGGCAGUGGUGAGCAGAGAAGGUAAGGGUGGCGGCGGCAGCAGCGGCGACGGCGGCGCGCGGUGGCGGCGGCGGCGGCGGUAGCAGUGCCCACGGUAGAGGCGGCAGCAGCAUUGCGAGCGGCGGCAGCGGCAGCAGCGACAGGCAGCGGCGUAGUAGAUAGGUGCGUGGCUCCCAAGCGCGGGCAUGCCAAGCGCGGGCUUCCCGCAGAGGCACCGCCCGCCCAGCGCGAGGGAGCGCGCAAACGGCUGCCAUCUGUGCGCCUGAACGACUGAGUGCAUGUGGCAUGGGGAUUGGUUACUGAUGUCGUAACCACUGUAGGAAUUAGCAAGAUAGAGCUGUGAUGGGCAUAGCCAAUCCUUUGCAGGCUUUGCGCAUGUACUACAUGAAUAAACACAGCAGCCUGAACGCCGCGCACGCACGGCACUCAUACGGCAUGCACGCGGGACUUCAUAGUGAGGACUGAUCCAAUGUCUCGAUUUUGUAUGUACGUCGUGUAGCACAUCACUUAUAAGUACGUGUGCACACACUGGCACAUGUAUCUUUGCUUCGGGCGCCGAUGCGUAUGGUACCAGGGAAGCCUGCCCUGCCUAGUACCGUACAGUGCAGUAUGGAGUCGGAAGUGAACAAGGCAAGUAUGUGUGAGUAAGGAGGGAAGAACGCCGUGGCCGUACAAUACAGUAUGGAGUCGGAAGUGAACAAGGAAAUGAAGGGCAGCAUGACUGAGAGUGCAGCGUCAGCACAGCAUGUAGCAUAGUGCGAUGACAACGUUUAUGACUCAUACAUUUACACAGAGGCUUGUAGUGACUGGAGUGUGGGUGGUCCUCCCCAGAGCACAACAGUGGGGAUCAGGGGAGGGUCUCCCCUGGUGGGGAUAUUGAAGGCGGCAGUGUGGUGGCCGUGUUUUGAUAUCUUCACGGAAGCGAUGUGGAGUUGGUGGUGACGGUGGCAGUGGCGGCUGUGGCGGUGGUGGCGGUGCCGCGGUGUAUUGAUGAGCGAGCGCUGGCGGGGACUGUGCGGCGGCUUAGGUCUGCUGCCGGUGGUAGGGCGGGUAGGCGGGCGGCAAGCUGUGCUUGAGGACGCUAUCCGCGCGGUGUGGCGUCGCAUUGAGUCUGUGUGGUGCUAUCGCCUUGGCCGGGCGCCCGGAGCGUGAGGAAUGCGCGUCAGCAAAACAUCGACACAACCUGCCAGCUACCGUCGGUACAGUAACAGCGCGCGAACGACGCACCAAUGCCUUGUCCCUUCUUGCUACGCAUUUAUGUGGGCACGGGUGGGAGCCACACACAUCGGGACUACGCUAUCCUGCCCCUUGCCAUGUUCCAUCACGUGCUUGAGGACGCGCACAGGCAUGGGCAAUGAGAAUGCAAGCUCUGUGCGCGUGUGUGUGUGUGUGUGUGUGUGUGUGUGUGUGCGUGCGCGCGCACGGCCAGACCGCACUCACUGGCGACAAGCGGCUUUAUUUGUGUGGAGGCAUCAAUCGAGGCAUGCCGUGGGAGCCCAGCCAUAUGUUUGGCGUCUCGCACUCUCGCUGAUAUGCUGCAUGCGCACACUGCGGGUUGGGUGACACGCCUGGAAGCGAUGGGACAGGGCAAGAGGCAGGUUGGCGUAGUCCCGUAGUAUGCAGCGUAUUCCCACACCCCAACAUAUAAUAGGCAACGUCAAGGCAAGAUUAUUGAUUUAUAGCUGCUGGUAUAACGCAAGUGCGUGAGCGAGUAUUACAGCAGGUGGUCCCUUACCGGGUUCACAGGUCACUCCCCUGAUGAGUAAGGGAGCGUGUGCGUGUGCGUAUGCAUGUGUAUAUAUGCGUGCGUACGUGUGCGUGUAUGCGUGUGUAUGCGUGCAUGUGUGUAUGCGUGCGUGUUGUGUACAUGUAUAGCACUGCUGUCUAUAUAUGAGGCUCUGCCUUACUUACUCGACGACCCA